CCUUUAGGAUUGUGAGCUUAUUUGUUUUAAUAGAAUAAAAAACUGAGUUGAUUGCGCGUUAAAGAAAUUAGCAGCACCGAAAUAGUAGCUAAGCCGUUCUUCAAUUAAACCAUGAAUUUUCCCUUUUAAAAAAAUAUUUUUUUAAAUUAUUAUCUGCUGGCUAAGAAAAUCCCCUGAUCAUACGAAUUAUGAUCAAAUUCUUGAUUCACAUUCUUUCUUGAAGGGAAAUUCUAGGGGCGGACUUCGAUUUUAUUACAGGAAAGUGAACAUAUUUGGCAACAACAACAAUAAAAUGGUGUAGGAGGAAUUUGAAUGCUUUAUUUGUUCUGCUAAGAAUGACAAGUACCAAAGGUUCUGCUUAAGGAGAAGAAUGGAUUCCUUAGAAAUGCAUUGUAAGACGACUCAAGGAGAUGAUGAGAAACGAAUUGAACCUAAACAAAAGGAAAUUGAUGAUCCAAUACUUGAACGUGUUGCAUCAUGUAUAUCGAUAGCCACUUCGCCUUCUCCUAUAUCGUCCCCGUCAUCAGGUGGUAACACGCCACAAUGGAGUAUGAUGAGUGCAUCUCCACAUCAUGGGACAAGUAAUCAGAUCUCAUUCGUAGACGAACAUCCUGAUUGGAAUGCACCAAAUACGAACUAUGACCCAACACGAAUACCAUCCUCAAUUUUCUCUAGCAAGCCAUCAAUGCCUGGGGAAUGGAGUGUGACUUCUAAUGAGUCAUUGUUUAGUAUUCAUACGGGUAAUAGCAGCUUCUGUAGAGAUGAGAGGAAGAGCUUUUCCUCGACCCUUCCCACUCUCAUUGAAGUGUCAGCAGAUCGUGAAGAAAAGAGCGGUAAAAUGUCCAGCGGAUCUUCUCAAGUACAAGAGAAUGAUGAUGUUGAGACCCCAAAGUCAUUCAGUUCGAAACAUACCUCGAAAGAUUAUGAUGAUGAAGAGGAAAAGGGGAAUGUAGUGGGUGGUGAAGUGUAUUCUUCUACCAUGAGAGUGGAAGGUGCUGGUGUUGCAGUUCCUCAAAUCGAGCGUAUUCAAGAAUCAUCCCGCCUUUCAACCGGGAGUACAACUAGCACCAAGUCCUUUGCAUUUCCUGUGUUGGUAAAAGAUUUUAGUAGAAGAGAAGGUUUGUUGAAAGGGGACAAUGGCGGUAUGAAAUCAGAGGUUCAACCACAAGCAAAGCAGCAGUCUGAACCAGAGCUUCAACUGCAGCCAGCUGAGACAGCAGCAAAACCCGAAACUUCUAAAGGAAUGCCCGAAGCGGUACCACCCGUGGCUACAGCAGAGCCCGGUUGCUUUUCUUGUUUCUCUUGUUGUUCACGUUGCUGUUGAUGUAUACUCCCUCUCUUCCAAAAUAUAUGUCUAGGUAGGGGUUUCAACUAGUUUAAUAAAGUUUAUAAUAGUUUGAAAUCUUGAAUGUGUGCUUAAACAAUUUUUGGUAGCUCCAUUUUCAAAAAAAGUUAAAAUGAAAUGAGAAAAAUAUUUCAGGAUGCAUGGCCUAAACAGAAGUAGAGUGGAGUAUAUAAUUGCUAAAGUAUUAUUUAAUACUCCGUAUUUUUAAAAAUACGAUUAAAUCAAAAUAACAGUUUUGACACUUUUACCCACUUUUAUAUUCAUUCUUAUACCUAAGGUCAGUGAGAAGACUCUUUAUGCCUA